UGAGCAGCCGAUUGGCCGCCCCUCGUGACGUCAGCCACAGUUGAUGGCGGCGCUUUGAAAGGUGUUUCGGAAACGUUGCUUCAACGACAUUGUCCACGCGAGACCCGAGAAGCGCUUUCCGAUGCUGGAGCGACGAAGCACCCCCGUCAGGCGUCUGAGGCACCGCCGCAGCCCCCUGCGGAGCCACCCGCGCGGGGCUGACGAGGCGACGCCACGCGGCUCCCCGACACCGCCGUUCUACGAGGGCUCACCGCAACGAAGCCGACGUACGAGCACUCCGCGCAAAACGACGAGGAAAGCACUUUGUGACGACACGACGCACCCGAGCAAGGGCUCCCGCCUCUCAAACCCCUGCAGGAGAUCCCUGUUCAAGAAUUGGAAACCUUCAGCGAGGUCCACCACAGAAGGCGGCGGCGGCGGCAUCAGACCUCUGGUCAACUUGAAUCCCUUCAGUCCCCUCUCCCUCCUCAUCCAGUGUCCUCCACUGCAGAAGAACAAGCGUGACAGUACACGCAUGUCCUAUGGAGGAGACAGCAAUGCGAGUAAUGCUAAAGCAAUCUCAAAGAGGUUGCCCGCGCCCCGCUACACCUCGGAGUUCGUCGAACUGGAGAAGAUCGGCAGUGGGCAGUUCGGUGCCGUGUUCAAAUGUGCGAAAAGGCUGGAUGGCUGCAUCUACGCCAUCAAGCGAUCAAAGAAGCCCCUUGUGGGCUCGAUAGAGAAGCAAUAUACCAUGCGGGAAGUGUUUGCCCACGCCGUGCUGGCCCAGCACCCUAACGUGGUGCGUUACUAUUCGUCCUGGGUCGAGGAUGACCGCUUGCUCAUCCAGAACGAGUACUGUGACAGCGGCACGCUGUUCGACGUCAUCGAACGCAACGCUACGCGCCUCGCCUUCAUGUCGGAAUUGGACCUGCGGGAUGUGCUGCGGCAGGUUGCGCGAGGCCUGGCGUGCAUCCACUCAAUGUCGCUUGUGCACAUGGACAUCAAACCAAGCAACAUCUUCAUAUCCAAGAAGUCUGUCAGCAGCUCUCAUGAAUGUGAUGAGGAUGACGCGCUGACCAGCAGCGUUGUCUACAAAAUAGGUGAUCUUGGUCAUGUGACGCAGGUCAACAGUCUUCAAGUGGAAGAAGGGGACAGCAGAUAUCUGGCCAAUGAAGUUCUGCAAGAGGACUAUAAUAACUUGACAAAGGCCGACAUCUUCGCUCUGGCGCUGACUGUCGUAAGCGCCUCAGGGGUGGAGCCUCUGCCCUCCAACGGGCACGAAUGGCACAAAAUCCGACGGGGCGAGCUCCCCGCUGUGCCCCGUGUGCUUUCGCCAGAUUUUCUCAGUCUUCUCGAGUUGAUGAUCAACCCUGACCCAACAAGGCGGCCUUCGACCUCUGACAUCCUCAGGCACCCAGUUAUCCAGACAGCAAGCAGCUUGGUUUUGUAAAUAGCAAAAAUAUCAAUAAAACU